GUUUUGCAAGAAGUUGUAAUAUCGAGGCAAUGAGCGCUCGCAAACGAGAUAUUAGUCCAAAUCACAGCACCAAUCUUUCGCCACCCCGCGUAUAUCCUGUGAUUGUCAGCCAGAGAUCCCUUUGCUGCUGCUUUUAUAUUGUGAAGAAACAGACAGACAAAGAGAAAGAAGGAGACAAAGAAGAGGAGAAUGUCGCGCCAUCAUCCAGAUCUGAUUAUGUGUCGCAAGACGGCAGGAAUCAGCGUCGGCCGAUUAUGCGAGAAAUGUGAUGGCAAAUGUCCUGUCUGCGAUAGUUACGUCCGCCCAACGACCCUCGUCCGCAUCUGCGACGAAUGCUCAUUCGGCAACUUUGCAGGGAAAUGUAUAAUUUGCGGCGGCAUCGGCAUCUCCGACGCCUUCUACUGCUUCGAAUGCACGCGGCUCGAAAACGACCGCGACGGAUGCCCGAAGAUUAUUAAUGUCGGGUCGAGUAGGAGUGAUCUUUGGUAUGAGAAACGGAAGUUUAAGCAGGCGGGGCAUUAGGUGGUUGCGAUUGGGGUGUACGAUAUCGGGUUUGAGAAAAGUUGCUAGGCAUGUUUGAAGUGUAUAUAUAGAAUUAAUAUUAACUUGGAGU